UGCCUCACUCCAGUACAGUAGGUGGCGGUCCAUGGCUCUUUGAGGUGGUUGCGAUCCGCCAAUACAAAUUUAAAGAAGAAGUCUCAUUAGCUAGUUGACAACUGUUCUAGGGUGUAUUUUUACAACUCUCAGUUGAAGUACAAGUAUAGUCUAUAGAUCGCAUAGGAAGAUGGAAGACGACGUUUUAACAACACUGAAAAUAUUAAUAAUUGGAGAAAGUGGCGUUGGGAAGUCCAGUCUUCUCUUGAGAUUCACAGAUGACACAUUUGAUCCAGAACUAGCAGCAACAAUAGGCGUUGAUUUCAAAGUGAAGACCAUCUCAGUGGAUGGGAACAAGGCAAAGUUGGCAAUAUGGGACACGGCUGGCCAGGAGCGUUUCCGAACCCUGACACCUAGUUAUUACCGCGGCGCGCAGGGAGUCAUCCUGGUGUAUGAUGUAACACGACGGGAUACUUUCACCAAGCUGGACAACUGGCUCAAUGAGCUGGAGACGUACUGCACAAGGAAUGACCUUGUCAAGAUGCUGGUCGGGAACAAAAUUGAUAAGGAAAACCAUGAACUAGACAGGAACGAAGGCCUGAAGUUUGCAAGAAAACAUUCCAUGCUGUUUAUAGAGGCCAGUGCUAAGACGCGUGAUGGGGUCCAGUGUGCGUUUGAGGAGCUGGUUGAGAAGAUCAUCCAGACCCCUGGACUGUGGGAGAGCGAGACGCAGGGCCGAGGGGUCCAGCUGGGCCGGCAGGACCAGGCUGCAGGGGGUGGCUGUGGGGGUUACUGCUCCCUGGUAUAGACCCACACUACAUUCACAUGCAACGCGCGCACAUACGAAGCAUAGACACUCAUAUACACACACAUACGAAACGCACCCCACACACACUCACUUGAAAGACACACCCAACCAAACACUCACACUGAUGGCUGAUGUCCUGCGAUGAGGACUAUGAAAGCUAUAGUUUUCAGACUAUUUCCCUACAUCAGCCCCUGAGGUGUGGAGUGAGGCAGGGCUGCUCCUGACCAGCACCCUCUGCUCACUGGCUGUGAUCAUUCAUAGGGAUGUUGCCGUUUGCACACUUCCUGUUAUCAUGGC